AUGUCUGAUCUGUGGGUGGGGUUUUGCACUACGCUGCAAAAACGUGUGCUCGUUUUCUUUAUUUUGGCAAUUAUCCCGAUUUUAUUGUAUUUGCUCUUCUGGAAAUUCACGAUUGAUGAAAACAAGGAUGUCGAAUUAGGUCUACGAGAUGCCACACCAUGUGGAAAAAUAUUGGGAACCUCAAAACAACCAUUCAAAAACAUUUACAUAAACCCCUCCCUCCAACCUUAUCAUCUCUCUCUCUCUCUCUCUCUCUCUCUCUUCACUCCCACUCUCCAUUUUCCCACCACCGCCACCGCCACCACCACCACCAACAAUGGCUUGCUCUUCAUCCAUUGUUGGAGUCUCCUCAAUAUACCAGACCAACCCAUCUCUCGAGAACUCCAGAAAACCACCGCCGCCGCCGCUCCACCCUUAUCCCUUCAUUUCUCCACCGCCCAUUAUCCCUUCAGAGCCUUUUCCUCCUCCUCCGCCGCCGCCGCCGCCCGCCUCAAGAAUGGCGCCGGGGCUUCCAUUUCAUUCGUCCCUUCCGCUGUUGCUACCCCCAACUCGUCGGUUCUUAGCGAGGAAGCUUUCAGGGGGCUCGGUGGGUUCGGUAAGGGCGGCGCCGCCAUCUCUGUCAGCGACGGCGAGUACGAGGAUUCCGAGCUGGAGUUUGAAGCUGCGAGCGUCGACGAACUCGACAUGACCAAAUUGAAAUUGCCCCGCCGCCUUGUCGAAACCCUCGAGAAACGUGGGAUUAGUCAGCUUUUCCCUAUUCAGAGAGCUGUUCUAGUACCGGCAUUAGAAGGUCGUGACAUAAUCGCCCGUGCAAAAACCGGUACGGGAAAAACACUCGCAUUUGGUAUUCCUAUUAUCAAAGGUCUCGAAGAUUCCGAACAAACAAACGGCCCCCCAAGACGUGGUCGCCUCCCAAAAGUACUUGUACUUGCACCGACGAGAGAAUUGGCUAAGCAAGUGGAAAAAGAAUUCAUGGAUUCGGCUCCGUAUCUGAACACUGUAUGUAUAUACGGAGGUGUGUCGUAUGUAACGCAACAGAGUGCGCUGACGCGCGGUGUUGAUGUUGUAGUGGGGACGCCUGGUCGGAUAAUCGAUCUUAUUAGAAGUAAUAGUUUGAAACUAGGUGAAGUCGAGUACUUGGUUCUUGACGAAGCGGAUCAAAUGCUGGCUGUGGGAUUCGAGGACGAUGUCGAGACUAUUCUUCAGAAGCUUCCGCCGAAACGGCAGAGCAUGCUUUUCUCGGCGACUAUGCCUACUUGGGUUAAGAAACUCGCCAGGAAGUAUUUGGAUAAUCCUUUGACUAUUGAUUUGGUUGGUGAUCAAGAAGACAAGUUAGCAGAAGGGAUUAAAUUGUACGCGAUUCCAACCACAUCAGCAUCGAAGCGCACAAUUCUCAGCGAUCUCGUGACUGUUUACGCAAAGGGCGGAAAAGCCAUUGUCUUCACUCAGACAAAACGAGACGCAGACGAAGUAUCUUUGGUGCUAACAAACAGCAUCGCCUCGGAAGCGCUGCACGGAGACAUAUCUCAACACCAGAGAGAAAGAACACUAAAUGCUUUUAGACAAGGCAAAUUCACCGUGCUCGUUGCUACCGACGUUGCCUCUCGUGGGCUCGAUAUUCCCAACGUUGACCUCAUUAUCCAUUACGAGCUUCCAAACGACCCCGAAACGUUUGUGCACCGAUCGGGGCGUACGGGUCGGGCAGGGAAAGAAGGCACGGCACUUUUGAUGUUCACCAGCAACCAACGAAGGACGGUCAACUCUCUCGAGCGUGAUAUAGGGUCAAAGUUCGAAUUCAUCAGCCCUCCGUCGGUUCAAGAAGUGUUGGAGUCUUCGGCCGAGCAAGUGGUUGCCACGCUCGGUGGGGUCCACCCCGAAUCUCUCGAGUACUUCACUCCAACCGCUCGUAAAUUGAUGGACAAGCAAGGCGUUAGCGCACUCGCCGCUGCUCUAGCUACUUUGAGCGGCUUUUCUCAGCCUCCUUCGUCUCGUUCGCUUAUUACACACGAGCAGGGUUUGAUUACGCUACAGCUGUUGCGGGAUACCGGUUCGUCGAGAGGGUAUCUAUCCACUAGAGCGGUCACAGGGUUUCUAUCCGAUGUUUAUCCAUCUGCUGCUGGUGAAGUUGUCAAAAUACACGUCAUCGCCGAUGAAAAGGUCCAAGGAGCAGUUUUCGAUCUCCCAGAAGACAUUGCAAAAGAGUUGCUGAAUGUCGAGCUGCCACCUGGCAACACCAUCACCAGAAUCUCUAAAUUGCCUCCGUUGCAAGAUGACGGGCCCGCAAGUGAUUAUUACGGUAGGUUUUCGAACAACGAGAGGCGCCCUCAAAGAGGCGGAGGAGGUGGCGGCGGCUCGAGGGACAGUAGAGGCGGCGGCUCGAGAUCUUGGUCCGACAAUGGUGGUGGUUCUCGCGGCGGCAGUAGAGAUAAUAACUGGUCUAAAAACUCGAGAAGCAGCGGCAGUGGCAGUGAUUGGCUAGUUAGUGAUAGGCGAUCUAGCAGAUCACCUUCUGGAGGCUCCAGAGAUAGAAACUUUAGCGGAGCAUGUUUCUCGUGUGGAGAGAGUGGUCACAGAUCGUCGGAAUGCCCUACCAAGAAGGGUGGUUAUUAGUUAUUAGAAGAAGAAAAAAAAAGCAGUGAUAAGUUAUCAAGCCAUUGCUAAAACCGAAGCUCUUGGCCCGAUGGGCUUUUUUGGUAGAGCCGGUGUUUGUUGAAGGCCCGUUCACGGUGGGAAAAAUACUUCGUGGAGAUUUAUACUUUGUUUGGUUAGGCUGAUGAUAAUUUUGAUGCUUGUUGUUAAUCAAGAGACUGCUAAUUCACCUUUAUGUUCGACGGUGGUGAUUUUUGGGUUUUACUUGAUAGUGUGUUGUGUUCGUAGCAAAAGGAGAUACGUUUAUUCGUUUAAUUAUGUAGGUUUUGUAUUACUCAAAACACUUGGUGAUCUCGAUCGAAAAUUAGGAGUUUUUGUCGGCAAAUGUUUAGACACGCUUCAGUCAAAAUUUUUGUUGAAUGUAUCGUCGUUUAAUUAUGUUUAUUUAUU